AAAAUGGGUCCAGGAUUGCGCACAUUAUCGGUCUUGAGUGCCUUGAUGCUGAUUGAAAAUGUGUAUUGCUGUGCCUCUCAACCAAGGUGCAGGUGUUACAUGAAUCAUACUCACGCUGAUUGCUCUAAUUUAGGCCUGAAAUCGUCACCUUAUUUUUGGUCAAAUGUAACGCAUAUCAAUCUCAGCAACAACAUGUUGACACAACUGCCAGAAAGGAAUAUGAUUCCAGAUGAUGUCACUUAUCUCGAUCUUUCCAAUAAUUCUAUCAAAACAUUCAGAAACAACUCAUUUGAGGGUCUAAGGAAGCUUUCAAUUCUAAAAUUGAAUUUAAAUAAGUUUAAAAUAAUAGAAAACCUUAAUCAGAGUCUUUUUGCAGAUUUAAUUAACAUUAAAAACCUAGACAUAUCCGACAACAAUGAGCUCACUUUUAGAAUACUGCCAAUAUUGAUAUAUGGCAUUCAAAACUCCACGAUUUCAUCUCUUCGCUUAAAUAAAAUCCAUUGCACAUUUGGAUUAAGUACCGAAAUCAGAGUAGAAGAUAUUCAAUAUCUUAUUCAUACCAGUCUAACAGAACUGCACAUAUCAAGUAACAAAAUCGAAUUGAUUGAAAAUGGAGCAACAAAAUAUAUUCCAAAAACACUCAGAAGAUUAUCAAUUGCUGACAACAGAUUGACAGUUGGAUUAUAUAUUCUACAAUUUGAUAUAUUGAAAGGUCUAGAGUGGCUGAAUGUAAGUUCACAGCAUUUCACCCAUGACCCUAUUGAAUUUAUCCACGAUGUAGCAUCUGAAUGUGAGGACGAAAGGGAACCUUUAACAAGUGCUAGUACUCACACUGACUCACAUAUUUUAAAACAAAAGAAAACUAAUUCUGUGAAUAAAUUAAAGGUGGAUAUGAAAAGAACAGACGUGGAUUUGAAAGGAUCACAGGUAUUUUUACAUUUCAGUGGAAAGGUAGGAUUUCCAGUACCACCGAAUGUCAAAAAAGUUUUCUUUAAUGAAAGUGGGUUACGAUACAGGGUACCCAAAAUACAUAGUUCAAAAAACAGCGUUGAGGAAAUAUAUCUGCAAGAUAAUACUUUAUAUUCAUGGAUGGGUCCUAUAAGAGGAGUCAAUAAUCUUAAAAUAAUGAACUUGUCAAAUAAUUUUUGCUCAUCAGUUUCCAAAUAUUUCUUCAAAUACCUUGGUAGCCUCACAAAAUUAUACCUGAACGAUAAUUUGUUGGGUUUUAGUUUGUCACCAGAUACAGAAGGUGAAAUAUUUGCUGGUCUGAAAAACUUGAUUCGUUUAGAGCUAAGAGCAAAUAGAAUUACACAUCUGCCAAAUCAAGUUUUUAAAGGACUUCGAAACAUAAAGGAUUUAGUACUGGCCGAUAAUACGCUUAGCUCAAUAAAUUUUAAGAUUUCGACUUUAAAGAACUUAAAAUUCCUUGAUUUAUCUGGAAACCAAAUCCAAUUUCUAUCCGACACAAAUAUGAAAGACAUUGACCGACAGACUGAUAAAGUCAGGUUUACUUUAAAUCUUUUAAGAAACCCGAUUUCAUGUAAUUGUAAAACACUUUCAUUUCUACAGUGGAUGGUUAACAGUCAGGAAACUCAGAGAAUCAGUUUUGAGUAA